AUGUCCAACUUGCUAAGAUCCAAUAUUUUAGACUCUUACCGGCUCUUCAAUGGAGCUCCUAAAAUCCUGAUGCGCUGGAGGGAUGCCCUACAUCCGAUCAGCAGCGUGCGCAGCACGGCAGACCCUGCCGUGCUGCGUAUGCCGCCGCCCGCUCCCGCAUCGCUCGCUCUUUCAACAUCAGUGUUCACCUCUCGCACUCCCCCAUCUCUCUGCUUGCCUUUCGCUCACCACAGGCAUACACCGACAGCGCCGGGCGAGGGUGCGUCUGACACAGAGCGGCCGUCGCGCUUGCACGCGAAGCUGAACACGUUAUCAUUGGGGCUGCCCGACGCCAUCGGGUCCGAUAUCGAGUGGUGGGACAAAAUCAAAUCCGAGAAACGCUACGGCUUGGGCGCGGGCGCACGUGAGGACGAGAACGAGUGA